AUGGACCCAAUCAAAGUGGCCAACAUCAUGGACUGGCCAAUACCAACUAAAGUCAAAGAAGUCCAAUUAUUUUUAGGAUUCUACAACUUCUAUCACAGAUUUAUCAGGGACUACUUAAAAAUAGCAAGGCUGUCAGAAGUCUGCACGAUAAUCCUCAGCAUAUGA